GGAGUGACGGCCAAUGUAAAAGUGAGUGUGGAAACUUUCAAGUUUCAAACAUACACGGACCUCUCUCUCUCUCUCUCGCUCUAAACUGUGCACUGGCUCUGGCUCUCGCUCUCUCGAGUCUUAUCAGUAAGCCCUCUCUUUACCUUUUUCUCUCUCUCGGCUAUGGCUUAUUGUUAAGCUACUAGCUUGGACAGCAUCGUAGGUCCGACUCCGACUCCUAAAGGUGAUAAUUAAUAAUUUACCUUAUCCACCCACUGCUUAUCACGUGCCGCUGCUUCUGUCUCCUCCGCCCCAACCCCCCUCUCUCUCCCUCUCUCUCUCUGCACCUUUUCUCCCAUGGAUUUUUAUCAUGCCAUUGCAGUGGAACAAAGAAACCAGAUCCACCUUCACUGAUCUCUGCCUUUUUUCUCUCUCUCUUUUUUUUUUUUCCCCUCCAAAAUCCUCUUCUCCCCCUCCAUCUCUUUUUGUUCUGUCUAUAAAUAUAAAAGGAAAGGUACGACCAGAGGUCCAGACCCACCGGUACGAAGCUAUCGACCAUAACAUAACGCUCUUAUACACAGACAGAGGGGCAGAGGGAAAUGGAGAUUGGCGAGAACAUGGUUGGUCAGAUCAGCAACGUUGAGAGGGGGCAAAAUGGUAAUAAUGCAAAUAUUGGCUGGGAUAUCUGGGAGCUUAGUACUUCAAGGUUGGAUUGGAGUAGUUGCACCAGUUCGUUGUACACCCCCACCAGAGCUACCUCCGAUGCCACCACCCUCCCGGCGGAGAGUUUCAGCACCACGCGUGAGGCUGUGACUGCCUACCACGCGCUUCAGUUCCCUCACCACCACCAAUUGCAAUAUUACCACCACAGCCAGCAGCAUCAACAUGAGCAGCUGUCUCUGUACUCCGGAGCUGGAUCCCACUGCCAGCCGGACCCACAGCUCAUGUGCUUGAAGCUGGGAAAGAGGCAGUACUUCGAGGAUACUACCCUUUUGGCUAAUCGCGACAUGGCUGGGUUAUCAUCAUCUGUGGCCGGCAAGAGAGGCAAACCCUAUUACGGUGCCGGAUAUGUUGGUAUUGUUGGAGGGCCCUCAUCCUCCCCAUUGUUGCCGCCGACGGUGCCGAGAUGCCAGGUGGAGGGUUGCCACAUGGUCCUUCUGAACGCCAAGGAUUACCACCGGAGGCACAAGGUCUGUGACAUACACUCAAAGGCACCCAUGGUUGUCGUUCUAGGGUUAGAACAGCGAUUCUGUCAGCAGUGUAGCAGGUUUCAUCCAGUGUCAGAAUUUGACGAAUCGAAGAGGAGCUGCAGGAGGAGAUUAGCAGGGCACAACGAGCGAAGAAGGAAGAGCGCUCAUGAUUCCGCUAACAGGAACUCUGCUCAAGGACGUGCUCUCUCUCUUCUGUCAUCUAAGACUAAUUCUUCGGUCUCUCCGGCCGAUCUCUCCUCAAGAUCCAGUGCUGCACUCCACGAACUAAUAGCAGAGCACCGUGCAGGCAUCCUAGCUGGGCAGCUCAUUUUGGAUCGAGACUGGUACACACAAAGCCAUGGAAUGGAGGACCUGGCUGGCGAGACCCAAUUACCAAGGCCGUCAUAUUCCCUCAUACCCGGCGGCCAGCAGCUCCAGAUGUUUCCCGAGCCACAUAGUUGCAACCGGUUCCAUGAAAGUGACACGCAUGUGACAUUAGACCUCAUGCAGGCUUCCAGCUCGGCAUUUGGAUCAUUACUGUCUGCGAGUGGAAAAAGUAAGGAAGAGGCCGAAGAAGAGUGUUCCAACCUCUGGAUCAACUCCAGCUUCCACCCUGUAGUCUAGAUUAAAAAAAAAAAAAAACUCAACUCAUUCCCUGAUCAUUGUAUCUCUCUUUUAACGGGAGGACACCAAGAGUGAAUGAGACCAAGUACUAGUUUUUCAGGUUUAUCAUGAUCAUUUAUUUGCUUCAUAAAUUCAUCAAUCAUAUUAAUAUUGGAGCUGGAUACUGUGUCAUGAAUAAUUUCAUGUAUAAUCUAUUUGGAAAAUAUUCUUCAUUCUA